UGCGACUGCCAUCCCGGCUACAUCCUGGCACCUGACAUGACCUCCUGCCUGCCUGAGGAUGCCUGCCAUCCCAGCCCCUGCCAGGGGACCUGCCGGACCCAGCCUGGUGGCUUCGAGUGUGGCUGCGAGGCUGGCUAUGCUCUGGCACCCGAUGGCCGACGAUGCCUGGACGUGGACGAGUGCCUGGCCGGGCCAUGCCAGCAUGAGUGCCACAACACGGCUGGCAGCCGGCCCGGCUACCAGCGCCAGCCCAGCAGUGGCGAUGCCUGCCUGGACGUGGAUGAGUGCCUGCGGGACCCCUGCCCUGGGCCCUGCCGCAACCUGCCUGGCAGCUUUGAGUGCCUCUGCCCAUCUGGCUUCCUCCCGGAGGAGGAUGGACGUGGCUGCCGCGCCGCACCCACCCCUGAAGAGGAGCCUGCAGGGGCACCCAACAGCACCCUGCGGACCACGGGCAUCCCACAGACCACAGGCACCCUGCGGACCACAGGCGUCCUCCAGACCACGGGUGCACCAUGGACCAUGGGCAUCCCCCAGACCCUGGGAAUCCCCGCUGGGGCAACGCCGCCAGCCCCCACAGCAGUAGGGUCAGCACCUGGCCCCGAGCACAGCACUGAUGGCCCCAGGCUGCUCCUCUACUACAUCCUGGGCAGCCUGGUAGUCAUCCUGCUACUGAUGGCCUUCGCUCUGGCCCUGCUGGCCUUCAGGAGGAGGACGGCCAAACAGGAGAAACGGCCGGCCAAAAACGCGGCGGACAACUACUGCUGGGUGCCUGAGCAGCCGGAGAGCCAUGGGGUGGGCGGCGAGCGCAG